AUGACGAAGAAGAAAAAGGGCGGAAAGGGCAAGCGUCUGUCCAUGUUCUCGGCACUGCCGCCGACACUGAAGCGGGCUCUGCGCUCACAGCCAAGGCUGGAGAGCGUCGUUGCGACGACGAUCGUGCAUCGACAGGAGGAGCAGCCGACGGCGAGGCUGCUACCAACGCAGCCGCCAAGCGAGGUUGAUGAGCCGAAGGGGGGAGAGCUGGACGCUGAGAGCGAGUCUUCCGACAUGGACAUGGAUAUGGACAGCGAUAAUGACGCCGCCGCCGCCCUUAGCGACAACGGCAAUGACAGCGACAAGGAAAACGUCCGCCCUGCGUCUGCACGACCGGUCGAGUCCAGCAGUCCGUCAAGCAAUACUGGCUCCGCAGUCAUCUCCCGACGAGUGGAGACCGCCCCGCAGGAGGCGAACGCCGAUCAUCCCUGGGACUGCACAGGCCUGGUCCCCCGCUACACUGACGCUGGCGCCCUGCCCAAGGAGUUACGCAAAUGCGGACCGGAUUAUCUCGCCUCGGGCACUUAUCCCCUCUCCGCCAUCGAGCCCAUCCCGGGCGACGAGCUGUUCGACCUCUGUGCACCCAUCUCGCCCAAUAUUGCUUACUUCCUCCCACGGAACGUGGAUGUGGACGAGGUCGCGGCGCUUGCGCAAAAGCUGGAUAUGCCGCAGGAUGACGCACCCGAUGGCGAGCGGAAGCGGGAUAGAGAGUGGGUUGAGAUCGAAGAGGAGUGGGUCGGGGAUAAGCUCAAGGCCGUCACGGCUUACUAUGGCGCGCUCGUUUCGGGUGCUUAG